AUGAAUGGAAAGAAAUGUCCAUUAAGCAGUCCUCUAGGCGGUCCUUUAACAAGGUAUAUCACCGAUAUCAUGGCAUUUUGUUUUGUGGUGGGUACCAAAGUUAAGAGCACCUUUCACGUUGAAGGCCAGGCAGGAAUGAGUAUUUCAAAACUAAGGGAAGUAAUCUAUGAGAAAAAUAAGAACGAUUUCAAAAAUUUUGAUGCCAACAAGUUGAACCUAUGGAAGGUGGAUAUUCCUGGCGAUGCAGAAAACGAUAAAUUCGUUAAACUGAGAACACUUGAAAACAGAUCUGAUAAUGAAGAUACUAUUAUACAAGAGCUUGAAGGACAAGAGUUGACUCCAUUUGAUGAUUUUGGUGACAUUUUUGCGUAUAGUGACUUGAAGAACAUCCGAAUUAUCGUACAACCACCUGUCACUACCGAUAAGUGUCUUACCUCUCGAACAAGAAAUUUGCGGUUAUCUCAUUCUUUUAUUCGAUCAGAAAAAAGAAAACCAGAUGAUUCGGAUGAGGAAAAUGAAAGCAAAAGCAGUAAAAAAAUGAAACUAAAAGAUAUUUCCCGUAAAAUCAUGAUGGACAUAAAGAAACUUGAUGGGCAUCCUGCUGUUUACUCAAACCCUCAAAACUUCCUUUCAUUACCAUUCCCAUAUCCUGGAUCAAAAAAACCAAUAGAUAGGUUUUCUAUUAAUGAAGAUGGUUUUUUCACCUUCAUGGGAAGAAAGGAAUUCAGCAAUGUUCUAGACAAAAUCAACGAAUUUAAAGCAAAUACUGGUUAUAUGGAAAUGUUUAUUUAUGGCACAGUCGGAUAUGGAAAGUCACAUAUUCUCACAGCAAUAGCUUGUUUUCUUCUCCGUAGCGGAAGGCGUGUCGUGUAUCUCCCCGAUUGUCGCAAACUGGCUGUAAGCCCAGUAAACUACAUCAAAUCAGCCUUGUUUCUCACCUAUGUGGAUGAUGAUGCGAAAAUAAGCGAAAUUAAUGCCUGUGAAAAUUUUGACCAAAUCAUAGAAUUUUGUGAAUCAUUAGACAAAACGCUAUAUUUUAUCGUAGAUCAAACGAAUGCUCUGGAUGAUUGUAGUAAUACUGGAAUUAACCUAGAAAAAAAGAUUCAAGUUAAAGAAAACCUCGAUAAAAUGUGUGCAGAUCAUUUUUAUAUUAAGAGUUCUUCAGCAAACAACCAAUCAGUAUUACACCUUAGGCAAAAGCAGACUAAUGAAAAGAAAAUUGAACUUUAUGGAGGGUUCGAUAAGGAGGAGAUGGAAGAGUGGUGGAAGAAGCAUAAUUCCGUUUUACCAACAAUGAAUAAUCAACAGAAGGAUCAAAUUGAAGACAUCACCGGCAAUAUUCCGCUCUUCUUAAACAUUUUGCUGGAAUCUGAUUGCAAGAAUUUUGAAGAUGUAUUGGGCUACUUAAAUCAACAAUUAACAUCAAAGAUACAAGAGUCGAUGACGAACUUUUCAGACACUAUACCAGAAGGAAGACAGGAAUUUCACGUCGACUUGAUGUCAUCGUUCCUGACAAAAGGAUAUCCUCCAAGUGGCUACGGAGUUAAUGAUUUUGAUCAUCGCUUCUUCUACGUUGAAAAUGGAUUCUGUCAUUAUGUCUGUGGGACGGCACGGGAUUGCAUGGCGAAUUAUCUCUAUGAAAAGGGCAAAAUGGAAGUAUUUACAGAUAUAAAGUGGAUCAGUUGCAUAGAGAAAUUCAAAAAUAACCCAUCGGUUAAAGAAUUUUUUGUGGAGAAGGCGUGUAUCGCUAGUAUUUUUAAGAAUGGAAUCAUGGCGAACGGUGUAAAUUUUAAGCCUGAUGAUAUGGAAUUUUUCUAUGAUGAAAAACAAAUCCGAUUUUCUUCGAAUGAAGGGAAAUGUAUGCUUUACUUACCGCGUUGUUGGAACCAAGAGGCGAUUGAUGGAUUACUGAUUUCGCAAACAAAUAAUAAGUUGUAUGUUGCCCCAGUACAGAUUACCCUUGAUAAGAGUAGUCAUUCAGAUUUUGAGGGAAAAUUUUUCUCCAGUAUUUGGCCAAAUUUAAACCCAAACUUAUCAGGCGAAUUAGAGAUAAUAUUUAUAUGGAUUACAAGCGAAAGUAAUACAGACGUGCCAGUGGAAAGUAAGUCUAGAAAAACACGGAAUAAAUCUCAUGAAAUUAAUCCCGAUUACAUUAAGAUAGUAAUGGGAUUUGGAAAUGUCAACAGAAAUAUUGAUCGAUAUCUAUCUUAG